AUGUUACGAAAUUUAAAAGACGCCGUGUUAUCCGCAGAAACAGUAUUUGGCGAUGUGUUUAGAAAUGUCAUAACUGUAGCUGAAAAAUUUAAAUCAAUACAUGAAGUUUUUGAUGCUGCCAUAGAGGAAGAAUGUAUAUAUAGUUGUCCUGAAGGGCAAAAACCAGUUCGCAAUAAGAAUCAUAUCCCAAAAUCUGAUGGCUGUGGUUCACUUGGGUUUGACAUAUCAUCUGAAUAUUUACCAUUGGAGCAAAUGACAAAAUGUUGUGAUUCACAUGAUAUCUGCUACGAUACUUGUAAUAGUGGAAAAGAAGUUUGUGACUUGGAAUUUAAAAGAUGCCUAUAUAACUACUGUGAUACUUACAAGAGUGUUAAUGUUGCUGGAGAUGCUAUUACCAAAGGUUGCAAGGGUGCUGCUAAGUUACUGUUCACUGGUACUUUGACACUUGGUUGUAAAUCAUAUUUAGAUGCUCAGAAGAAUGCUUGUUAUUGUCCAGUCUCAAAGAAUAAAUAUAGAAAAUAUACUACAGGAAAUGAUGAAUUG